GCGACAAAUAUGAGACGUGUCAGAGCUGCCGGAAAGCGUUCACUCCGGUCGGAAAGACUGCUUGCAAUCAUUUUUCCUAGAUACCAAAGUUGGAAGGCGUAUCGUGGUUGGACGUUUUUAACUUUAUUAACUGACGCGAAGGUUGAAUUAUAGUAAGGAAAUGUUCGUGUCGUCAUAAUGGAGGAAUUAAAUAGUUAUCUGCGUAGCUAGCUUGUACACAGUGUUAGCUGAAGCUUACAGUGAUGUGUUUAUGACUACUGGAAUCGGAUGAAAUGGUGCACCAGAGCUUUAGAGAGAGUUUCCUGCGAACUACAACUUUAUUGAGCAAGAUAUAAUUUGCUCUGAACCAUGUGAAAAUAUGAUAAAAUGUAUAUAAAUUAAGACCUUUGUACCAAAAUGUCAGAAAAGGGGGAUAUCGAGACUGUCAGCCAUAACCCACAGCUGGCUUGUAAGACUGUUCUUGUUACUGGGGGAGCUGGCUUCAUUGGAUCACAUCUGAUUUUACUUUUGGCUGCAAGAUAUCCUCUGUGGCGAAUCAUCAAUGUAGAUUCACUGGAGUAUUGCGCAAGCUUGAAGAAUCUCCUUUAUCUGGAGAGCACAAGUACUUACAAAUUCAUUCAGGGAGAUGUAUGUGACCAGUACUUCAUCGAUCAUCUCUUUUCUACUGAAAAUAUAGACAUUGUCUUUCACUGUGCUGCUCAGUCACAUGUUGAGAAAUCCUUCCUGUAUCCAUCCCAGUUCAUGCAUGUGAAUGCAGCUGGUACGAAUGUACUACUCAAAGCGGCAUUUGAAUCUGGAGUUGAGAAGUUCAUCUAUAUGAGCACCGAUGAGGUGUAUGGAGACAGUUUGGACAAGUAUUUUGAUGAGUCGAGCCCCAAACGGCCUACGAAUCCGUACGCUACGUCAAAAGCUGCUGCUGAAAACAUCGUGCUGUCCUACUGGAACAAUCACCAGCUCCCCGUAGUUAUUGCACGGAGCAGUAAUGUAUAUGGACCACGACAAUAUCAUGAAAAGGUUAUUCCGAGAUUUUUAUUUCUCCUACAACAGGACCAAAAAUGUACUAUUCAGGGGACAGGUCUCCAGUCUCGUCACUUUCUCCAUGUCGAUGAUGUGACUGAGGCACUGCUGAUACUCAUGAAGAGAGGCAUAAUGGGAGAGAUUUACAACAUUGCUGCCAACUUCGAAAUUGCAAUUGUACAGCUGGCGAGAGAACUGGUGAAGAUGGUGAAAAAUCCUCCCAAAGCCAAGUUGGAUGAUUGGCUGCUAUAUGUUGAUGACAGACCUGUCAGUGACCUGAGAUACCCCAUGAUCUCAGACAAGAUGCACAAACUUGGAUGGAAGCCAAAAAUCCCAUGGGAAGAAGGCAUCAGAAUGACAAUUAAAUGGUAUGAAGAGAACAAAAGCCACUGGCCAGCAGUCACUGAAAAAUUUCCUUGUGGAUGUUAAAUGAUGGAAAAUUGUAAUUUUUUUAAUGCACAGAAUGAUGUUUAUAUUUAUAUUUGUUGGUACAAUGUGAAGAAUACAGUCCCAUUUUUAAAGUCUUAUUUUUUUAUACACACUAUUAUGCUAAACAAUAUGUGGACAUGUCUUCAGAACACAGGGGUGUUGACAUGUUGGGAAAAUGUAGUGCUUCAGCAUAGAGAAAGAUCCUGCACACGUUUGUGUUUCAAACUUUAUAACAACAGAGGGGUGUGUGAUGGUCAAGAAUUCUUGCCAUAUAUACUUUAAUAAAGGAAAAGAUCAGUAUUAAAAAAAGG